UCGUUCCAAUUUUCUAAAAAAGCCCUAGUUUAAGUUCAGGCUUCCCUUUUAGUGAAACAUUUGAUUUAGAAAAUCUGGAUCGGGAAGGUCCAGUUGAAUGAGUCCGAUUCGCUGUUCUCCACUACCUUGCGGGCUUGCCUUCUUAAUCCCGAAUCCAGGUACAGGGAGUAAGCGAAACUGAGAUCCAGAGGGAAAGUUAUAGUGAGACUGAACGACUGCGAACGGGAGAGAAGGAGAAAGUUCGACGAAGAAAGAGAUGGAGCAAGUGGUAGAUCAUUGCCGAGGAUGAGGAGAUAGGCGUUGCUGCUGAUGAGCUCGAGGAAUAAUAAAUCGAAGAAGGGUGUAUCAAACACUACGUGUUAGAGGGGGAAUAGGCUGGAGUCAUGAUUAAUACGUCUGGCCUCUUGUAGUCUACUUCAGGGUUGUGCAUCAUUGAGAAGAGUUUCUAUAUUCAUAUCUUAGGCAUCAUGGGAAGGCCCAGUGGGCGUGCUAUGGCAGUUAGUAAUUUGACAGCAUGUACUUAUCCACAACUGACCUCUGAGGGGUCUCCUCAUGCAUCACAGGUGACACGUUCAUCUGAGAAUAGGAUGUCGAGUGGCAGCAAUGGUCAUAAUGUAGUAGAGAAUGGCAUCAAUUAUGUGAAUCCUUCAUCACCUUCCUUGGGUGUGGUAGCAAAUUGCUAUGUAUUCAAAAGCAGGCUGCAAGAAUAUGCACAGAAAGUUGGCAUUCCAACUCCUGUAUAUGAAACUUUGAUGGAAGGUCCUUCACAUGUACCUGUUUUCAGGUCAUCCGUGAUUGUUAACAAUAUCAAAUAUGAUUCUUUGCCUGGAUUUUUCAAUCGGAAAGCUGCAGAACAGUCCGCUGCUGAGGUUGCACUAGUGGAAUUAACUAAAUCAGGCCAGAUGACAGAGAGCAUUCCUACAGUUCAUGAAACUGGUCUAUGUAAGAACUUGCUUCAAGAAUAUGCUCAGAAGAUGAACUAUGCAAUCCCGUUAUACAGCUGCACUAGGCAGGCCUCAGGAACCAAUAGCUUCAUCUGUACCGUUGAGAUUCAUGGAAUCCAAUAUAUUGGUGCUGCUGCUAAAACAAAGAAGGAAGCAGAAAUUAAAGCUGCACGAACUGCUCUUCUAGCAAUUCAGAGUGCAUCUUUGGCUGGCGCCCACGGCGCUUCCCCGUAUACUGUGCUUCCCGGCAAAAAGAAAGGAAAAGAAACCGAGCAGCCACAACCUGAAUCAGCUAAGCCAUUGAAGCCGAAGAAGACUAAAUUCAAGAAGAAAUGGCCCAAAAGAAGAGUUCCAAGAAGAAAGAAAGAUCAUCAGAACUUAGCUAAAUCAGUCACUGAUGAAACUGGAGAAGUUAAUGCUGAAGUAGUUGCUCUCGCUCUUACCUCUGAAGAUCUCACAGUUAAAUAUUUAGAGAUGUUGGACAAAGAGAUCAAGUUACAGUUACAGUUACAAGCCCAGCCAGGAUUAUACUGAGGAAGAAGUGGAGAUUUGUGAUUAGUUUGUGCGAUAUCUAUUUAAGCCAUUGAUAGGAGUUAACAUUGGAUAUUUAUAAUUAAUUUCAUAGGCUUGAAAAGAGAAAUUAUGGAAGUUCACUUUGUAGCUACCGUUUGAUUUUUUAUGGAAAUAUUUUGUAUCAUCCUCGUUA